GUGUGUGCGCCUGCGCGUAAUGCGCGCCUGCCAGUCGCACCUGAGAGCCGAGGAGGGCGGGAGCUCGGUCUCAGGUGUUGACUUUUCCCUUAUCUCCCACCCAUUUCUCCUCGGCCCGAGAUUCAGUGGGUACACCUUCAGGAAGCACCAUGAAAGACACAGAUAUCAAGAGACUGUUUUAUGCUCACCUUUUCUGUGUUUUUUCCAUCAUUCUAACUACCUUCACUCCAUCUUUAUUCUUGGAGGACUUCUCAGUCUUGGAAACACACUUGACAUGGUUGUGUAUCUGUUCUGUAUGUGUAACCAUUGUCAAUGUAGUAUUAUAUUUGCUAAUAAAACCAAAUCCAUCUGCUAAGAGAAGCUCAAUUUCACAUAAGAUAUCCAGACUUCUGAAAUCUUGUGUCUACUUUUUUAUAUCUUGCCUACUCUAUCAUACAAUCAUUGUUCUGUAUGGAGCACCACUAAUAGAGUUGAUGCUGGAAACAUUUUUAUUUGCUGUUCUUUUGUCAACUUUUACUACAUUACCUUGUUUGUGUUUAUUAGGACCAAAUAUUAAAGCAUGGUUACGAGUUUUCACUAAAAAUGGAGCUACAUCUAUUUGGGAUAAUAGUCUUCAGAUCACUACACUGUCCAGCGUUGUAGGAGCAUGGCUUGGAGCAUUUCCUAUUCCAUUGGAUUGGGAGAGGCCAUGGCAGAAACCUGACAGCUGGAAAAGGUAUUUCAUUGAACACUGGAAGGAUAUUUAACAUUCUGGACCAGUAGAGACUUCAUCAGAAUUUAAAAGAGGGUCAUUUGGAAUGCAAAUGCAAAGUUACUUGUAUUUGUAACUCACACAAUCUACAUAAAAAAUAGUGAAACACAUUAGAAAGUACUUUGUGAAACGUUAAAACUUCAGAAAUUUCUCUUUGAGUUAUGCUCCUGAGGUAGUUGACUAGUUCCAACUUUGUGGUCAUUUUGCUCAUCUGAAGGCAGUAGUUUUCAGUGUCUUCAGUUCUUUGAUUUAUAUGUUAGACACAAUUUUCCUUAAAAACAUAUAACAAUAAGAGCAGUUUGGAAACACCAUCAAUAAUGUUUCUGAUUUUUGAGUUUAGAAAAUACAUAUUAAUUUUAAGAAACUCUUUUUAAAUUAAACAAUCUAAACAUAGUUUGUGACUCUGUUAUUAGUACAUAUCUAAAUUUUCAACUAUAAUAAAGCUAACACAUCUUUUACUGAUUUCAAAAAUAGUAUUUAUGUUUCUGUCACUUUCAUAACAUAGGAAUGACUAGAGCAUGGAAUUGGACAUCUACAUGUCUAUUAAUGACUAAUUUGUCUAAUUCUCAGUACAACAGGUUUUGAUUCCUAGGAUAGAUGAUAUGAAGAAUAAUAUUUGUUAAAUGGGAUUGCAUGUAAAGGGAAAAGGGACAACCCUUCAGGUGUUUUUUAAGUCAUGGGGAUAGCCUUAUUUUAAAAUGUGUUGCAUUGGUAGCUAUUUAUUCAUUUUAUUCCAAUUCUGAUAUCUCUUGUCAUAGAGAUAGAUUCCUAAACAUGUAUAUUUGUAGACUGAGGAUUGCAACAUUUUCAUUGUAAGUAUAUUCUUUAAAGUUAAAAUGUACCACAAACAUACCACACACACACACACACAAAAAAAAAAAAAAAUACAGGAAAUACAAUAUAAGACAUAAGACAUUUGCACACAUACUUAUGGAUAUUUUUAAAAUUUGAGUAUCAAAUUGGUCACAGCCUAUAGGUUGUCUUUCCCCUGACCAUCUCACCCAAAAGUUAUUCAUAAGCUGCCAUAUUUAGCUUAGUAGUGAAAUAUAUGUAAAAGAAAAAAAAGAGAUGACAUCUCUCAAGGAACAUAUAUUUCUGUAAAGAUUUUGAUAUCUUUUUCCUCCUUUUAUGAUUAAAUUUUAAAAUGCUUUUAUUUAUAAGAGAAAAAUUAGUUUUGCAAGCUGAUUUAGACUAGAUGCUUUGAAAAUCAAAUGAUCCUUGGGUGUUUGGGUGAAUUUUAUAUAUAUAUAUAUAUUUUUUUUUUUUUUUAACUAAAAUUUCAUUUUAUCAUUUUUUGCUGGAUUUUAACAUUACUUCCAAAAUUCAUUAGGCUACCUUAGCCAGUGGCAUUAUUUUGUUUUCCAUUUGACUGAAGAGACAAGCCUUUUAUUUGGGAAUUUUAAAAGAUAAUUCCUUGGAUCAAGUGCCUUGUUUAAAUUAUUUAUUCUAAACUAAUGCUUUAGUUGUGUUAUUCUGAUAAAUUUGGUUCAGUCUUUUAAAGAUGAAAUCAUCUCUCCUUUUAUUUAAUCUAACAAAAUUAAAUACUUAAAUAUUAAUUCUGUUUAACAUUUAUUAAACACCUCUAAAAGUUGAAUGUUUGAUAUGCAACUAUUAGGAUCUUUUAAAUCAAGAUAUCAAUUAUUCUCUAGGCAUGGAAUUGCUGAAACUUAUGUCCUCUGUUAUUUAAAGAUAGAAAGGUGGAGCAGCUGGGCCUAGAGUCAGGAACACUGAGUUUGAAUCCAGCCUCAACUACUGACUAGCUGUGUGACUCUGCUUGCCUUAGUUUACUCAAUUUUUAAAGUAGAGAAAACAGCACCUCCCUCAAAGCAUUGUUGUGAGGAUCAAAUCAGAUACUUGUAAUCCUUAGAACAGUGACUAAUACAUAGUAGGUGCUAUGCAAGGACUUAGUCCCUUUCUCUCUUCUAUGCUCAAGAAAGUAUAUAUAACUUUGUUCCUUUUUACUGCAUUCUUUUUACUAAUGUAACAAGACUGAUGUGACACAUCUAAAAGAUCUUUCUAUAUGAUGAAAGACCAAAAAUAAAAAACAACAACAAAAUGAACAAUGAAAAAUAUGAAAGGCAAGUCAUAGAACUAAUAGAAAGGCUUAUUAUAGGAACUAUGAACCUAUAUACAUAUUUAAGUAUGUACAUAUAUGUGUACACGCAAUUUUUUAAGAAAAAGAUCAUUUUGGCAAAAGUUUGGACUUGUCUUUAUGCAGUGCUUUAUUCCAUUAUUCUGUUUUAGAGAACAAAAGACUACUUGGCUAACUCGUGUUGCCCCAGUAGAGGUGUAUCUGAUAGAUCAUAAAUACUCUCAAGAGUAGAAAUUGUUUUGUUUUGUUUUGGUUUGGUUUUGUAUUCGUAUUAUCUCUAGCACCCAGCACAGUGCUUAACAGGUAGUAAUUUCUUAACACGUUUGUUAAUUGAUUUCUCAUCCUCCUGGAUUAGUUCAUUGUAGCAAGGGAGAGCUGAAAUAUUCUUUCUAUGAAGGAAAUUUUAGAGAAAAGGACAUUGGGAUUCAUCUAUUCCAGUUCCUUUAUUUCACAGAUGAGGAAGCAGUGCAUAUACAGAUAGGAAGUAACGAGCUAAGAUAUGAAUUAAAGUGCUGACUUCAAAACCUUUUUUCACUAAACCAUGUGGUCAGUAAUUAUUGUUGAUUUGCCCAAAGGCAUCCAGUUUUUGCCUUUUGGCUCCAAAUCUAUCCCUCUGCAUUAUACCAGCAUGCCUCUUUAGCAAAAAGACAAGAAAACUUUUUUUGCUAGUACUUCCCUCUCCCUCAUCUAGUACUAUGUAUUUAGUACCUAACUUGUCUAUAUCUAUCUCUAUAUGUGUUUCUUCUGAUCAAAUGUAAGUACAUUGAAGAUAUCAAUUCUCUCACGCUUGUCUUUGUAUUUUCUUUGUCUAGCACAUAAUAGCCAAAUAAAGCAUGGUGUUGAGUAUAUCAUGUUAAAUCAAGUUUCUUUUUAAGAUUGAGAAAGAAAAGAUACCCUUUGAUUAAGAUAUUGUCAUCGCUACCAAAACCAUGGAAUAAGAGAAUUAAGUAAAAGUAACGUUUGAAGAAAAGACGCUAUUCAGCAUUUUGACAUUUCUUACUUUUUAAUGGAGAACAUUAAUAGAAAUCUUGAGUAGGAGGUGGCUAGUAAUAGCAACCUUUCACAAAGGCUGAGGCUUAGGGCAAUGUUACUUUUGCCAUUGAUGCCCUUUGCUCCAAAUUGACUGCCUUUUAAUGUUCCUCGUUUUAAAAUAAAUUCUAUUACAAAAAUGACUUAAAAUGAAGUCUUUAACACACAUAUCCCCAUACUCUAGAACUGCCCCAUUUAUUUCAAUUAUUAUUCAGUUUAAUAAAAUCAAAAUGUAAUAGAAAAAAUUAACCUAUUAAGGUGGAUUAUGGCCUCUCUCAGGAAUAAAACUAAGCAGUCAUAAUGUGUAAUCUGGUUUGCGAUGGCUUUAGGGACAUGCACCAGAAGGACAGGGUUUUUCUUUCUUCUAUAUUAGGGGGUAGUUUUAAUUGCUGGUGGCAAGAAGGCAAGAGUAUUUUUCUAGAGCUAUGUAAAAUCAUUUUGAAAAGUUAUUAUUUCAGAACCAUAAUUCAUGGUUCUAAACAAGUCAUUUAAAAAUAGUAUUUUGUUUUUUUGGUUAUUUGACCACAAGUUUGAAAAAAUUUCUGCUAUUUAUAGAUAAUACAAUGAAUGUUAUACAAAUGUUAGCACAGGGGCAUAGGCCUGAAAUUAGAUAGGGAUUUACAGAGAGUGGAUUCAUUUACUCAAGUUGGAAUUUGACUGGGAUCUAAAAGGAAGAUCCACCAAACCUUCAUCAAUAUUUUUAGAUUUAAUAGACUACAAGAGGUCUGAGCUUGUUGACUACAAAUGGAUUAGACUUGUUUGGCCAUAUUUUAAGUAGAUAAAAAGGAAAAGUGAAAAUAAAAGGAAAAAAAGAAAAACUAAUACAAGUUAUUUACAAUUUCUCCUUAAUAGAAAGUUAUUGUUUACUUUCAAAUAUACUGUAUCAUACAGGAGUAGAUGCUUUAUAUACAUCCUAAACUUUGAUUAUUCAUUUUAUUUGUCAUUUAGGAGUUAAUAUAGGACCAAAAAAUUAAGGAAAAAACCAAACUACUGUUUUGUAUUUAAAGAUAUAAACACUGUUUUGAAACAAAAGUUAUUAAAGUAUUCUGUGAUAAAGCUUCAUUCAGGCACUACUAAUCUGGAAUUUUUGAAAGUUUAACCUAUUCUGAACUGAGGUUCACUUUGCUGUAAAAGAUAAUGUACUAAGCAGAAAAUAUUUUUAAGGAUUUCAGCACAUUUUAUAAAAAAAACCCUAAUUAUGCUUAUUAUUCAUUAAAGCAGGACUUAUAUUAAGCAAUAACAGAACAAUUUAAGUUAUUUGAAUUUACUUCCUGUAUCUCUAAUCAAACUUAAUUCCAUUGAAAAUGUAAUUUCAGACUGGUCUUCCAAAUUAGUUCAUAUUUCUAUAAUAUAGUUUUCUUUUAUUUCCAAGGAACUGCCUUCAUUAUCUUAAAAAAAAAAUCCUCAAGCAUUGGAAUUUUUCCAAAAGGCCAUUUUCAGUGACAAAAAACAUUAAUAAAAAAAAAAAAAACCAAAAAAAACCCAACAAAUCUUUGGUUAAGUUAAAAUAGCGCAACUAGAACUUUCCAUAAGAAAAUGCUCAUUUUAAAUGAUGAGCCUGUGGAUUUCAGAAAAACCUGGAAAGACUUACAUGAACUGAUGCCAAGUAAAGUGAGCAGAACCAGGAGAAUAUUGUAUACAGUAACAUUGUGCAAUGUUCAGCUAUAAAAACUCAGCUCUUCUUAAUCAUACAUUGAUCCAAAGCAAUUCCAAAAACUCAUAAUGGAAAAUGCUAUGCACAUCCAGAGAAAGAACUAUGGUAUCUGAAUUCAGGUGGAAGCAUGCUAUUUUCCCUUUUGUCCUGAUUCUGAUUAAUGUAGAAAUGUGAUUAAUGAUUACAUAUGUAUAACCUAUAUUGGAUUACUUGCUGCCAAGGAAGAAAGGGGGAGAGAAAAAUUUGGAACUCAAAAUCCUAUAAAAGUAAAUAUUGAAAACUAUAUAUAUAUAUAUAUAUAUAUUUGGGAAAAAAUAAAAUACUAUUAAGUGGGAAUAAAAUAAAGAUAGGGGCAUGGUGAUAUUGUGCACUAAAAAAAAAAUGAUCCUUUCAAAAGCUCUCAAUGUGGGAGAAAAUCACCCCAAACUCAUCAUGGUCUAAAGAGUACAACCUAAGGCACCUCAGAAUCACAGAUGACAUUAUCAUCUUUACUAAAGCUCUAAAGACCAAUAAUGAAUAGUUUGUCUUUGGAAUGUGAAGAUGAAAGCCUGAUGAUUUAAAAAUGCUUAUUGCAACCAAGGUAGAUUUAGAAUCUUUAGAAUUUUAGAGUUGGAAAGAGCUCACUUUAAGGAUGAGGAAAAUGAGGCCUAGGGAGGUGACUUGCAUAAGAUAAUGAUGGCAGAGUUGCACCCAGCCAGGGGAGAUGACAUGUAUUUGAACUAUUUAUGUAAAAUGUGGCAAUUGGUUUUAACCCACUGGAACUAUUCAAUGCAAAUUCAAAUAAUGAGACUACCUCAUGGAUUCAUUAUAUAAACUAGUUUGGCAUCCUGUCUACAGAGGAAUUCUUUGAAAUGUAUCAGCUAAUAAAUGCAGAUAUUCUAAAGAAACUCAGCUAGGUUUCUGAAGAUUGAGUUCACUCUGUUAAAAAGAUUCUGUUCAUGGUUAUAAAAGCAACAGUUCACUAGACCUAAUGAUAGAUAGUCACUAUCUGUUGUUCUAGAUAACAGGUUCAUAAGCAUCCAGAGCUAGAUCAUUUAGUUUUUACAGAUGAGGAAAUUAGUACCUAGAGAGGUGGAGAGAUUACUCACAAUCACCCAGGUAAGUAUGUAGAGAUUGCUGAGAUUUAGACUCAAGUCAUUUUUCCAAUUAAUAUUAAGAACAACUCAGAUGAUAGAAAAAAAAUAACUUUUUUUACUGGGUAAAAUAAUCCUGCACAGUGGUAAAAUGGAAAGAUCACUGAACUUGGACUUGAAACACCUGGGUUCAAAUCCCAAUUCUAAUACUUCCUAUUUAUAUGAAUAUUGAGAGCAAUGAUCAUAUUUUAGGAAUCACUUAACCUGUCUGAGCACUGUUUUCUUCAUCUGUAAAAUGGGGAUAACACACUUUGCUUCACAGGCUUAUAAGGAAAACACUUUAUAAAUUGAGAAGCAUGAUCUAAAUAUUUAUUAUUAUUCCGCAGAAGCUUUUGUAUUUUUAAAAAAACAAAACCCAAAACAUUCCCUAUAGACUUAAGAUACAUCGAGCCAUUGUAUUUUCAUUUAAUGACUGACAGCACAUUUAAGUACUGAAAUUUUUUCAAGUGGGAACAUUCUAAUAGUGUUCCAUAUGCAGUUUAAUUGUGAUAACUAAGCAGCUUAUAUCUAAAACCUUAUAGAAAUCAGAUUGAAUAUCAUAGAAAUCAUGAUUUGGGAUAUAAAAAUUAGAUUUUUCUAUAAUACUCUUAGCCACCAGAAUCAGAUGCAUUUUCUUGACUGAAAUAUGGAAAGAGAUAAUAACAUUUUACAGUCAGUGGUGGUAGUGGGGUAAUCUUAGGUUAAAUUCACCUGAUUAUAUGUUUAUAUACAAGGUGUAGUACAUACUAUAUAUUUAGACAUAGUAAUGAGGGUAUGUAGUGGUGUAUACAUUUAAUAAUACUUGAUAAAAAUGAAAAUUUGCCAUAAUUACUGACUACCCCUUGUAUGAGCCUUAUUUGAAUGAUGACAUAAGAGUGUUGUUAUUCAGUACUAGGCCAGUCUGCCAUGAACCUCUAGCAAAGUCCUACCAAAGAGAACUCUGCUGUGAAGACUUACAUUUGUUACCUUAAAGUAGUACUUUGGUAUGUACUUCAGAGAACCAGAGAUUCCAGCAAAUGAAAAUACAUAUAGAUGAGUACAUUUAAAAGAAAACAGGAGAAGUACUACAGGUUUGGAGAAGGGCAUAUGUCCCCAUUUUUUUAAAUUGUGAAGAAAAUGGUCUCUGCCAACUAGAAGCAGGUGUGUCGGUUCCUGGGAAAAUCCCAGAAAGUAGUGAACUUAUAGAAAAAGAAACAUGGUGAUGAAAGAUUCAUGUGAAUAGGACAUACCAGACAUACUGCCUUUCAUUUUUGGACACAAUUGCCACAGUGUUAGAUCAGGGCAAAUGAGAUCUACUUUACUAAAGUAUUUGAUGAAAUCUCGUGCUAAUCUUGUGGGAGGAAAUUGUGGGGGGAGGUAGUUUUGAAAUGAAUUGAAUCAUUGGGGAAGGGGGUCAAAAAGUCAUUUUUAACAGUUUGGUACCAGCUUAGGAUGACUCCAGUGGAGUAUUCUGGGCAUCUAUGCUUGGUCUUGUGCUGUUUGGUGUUUUUAUCAUGGAUUAAAGCAUAGAUGGUGUGCUUUUAAAAAUAUGUAAAUGAUUCAGAAUUGUGAGAGAAAGCUGAUAUGCUAGAUAGGAUUCAAAAGAUCUUAAUGGAAUAAAAUAUUGGGCCAAAUCCAAGAGUAAGAAAUUUAAUAAUGAUAAAUGAAAAGACUCACUUGGAUUCAAAAAGUCAUUUUCCUAAGUCCAAAGUGGGAAAGUAGUUAUGACUGAAGUUUGUCUGAAAGCAAAUCAGACCGUAUGUGGAAUAAAAUCUUUAGUUCUGAGUACCACAAAUUAGGGCACACCUUAAAGACGAGGAAAUUUAGACUUGAUGCAAAGAAAAACUUAAAAAGGAGAAAAUACGAUAUUUUGGAACAAGGCUGAUUUCCCCUUCCUGUUUGAGCCCUUUGAACAAAAGUCAGGGGGCUGUUUAUAGGGUAUAUUGUGGAGAGAAUCCUUUUUCAUUUAAGGUUUGGAUUGGUGAUCUCUUAAGUCCCUUCCAACUCUGAAAUUCUGUGAUCCAAUAGGCAAUAAAGCCAAUAUUUCUUACUCCUGUUAUAGUAAGGCUCAAGAAAUUGAUUUAAAGACUAGCAAUGUUCAGAGUACAGGAGUUGGAAGUUAAGAUCUGGUUUCAAAUUCUGGUUCUACCACUUACUGCCUUUGUAAUUUUGGGCAAGUCCCUUCACCUCUGUGUCCCCUAAAUAUUUCUAUCCAUAAAAAAGAGGGAGGGGAUUAAUCUAGAAUCUGUUAGGGCUUCUUAACCUUGUGACCAUGAACUUGUUUUUAAAAACAAUUUGGUAACUGUAUUUCAGUAAUUGGUCUUCUUUGUAAUCUUUUGUGAUUUAUGCAUAUAAAAACAUUCUAAGAAGGGAUUCAUAAAACGAAGUUAAGAAUCCCUGGUCCAGAUGAUCACAUAGACCAUUCUGUGUAUUUAUUAUCCUAUUAUCAAGUCUGAAAGGAAACCUACAGGACGUUUAACUUAGCUAUUUUGGCAGGGAGGAGUUCUCCAAAGGACUUCUUUUGACAGCUUCUGCUCUGCUAUAAAUUUUAUGUCACUUGUUUUGAUUUCUAGGUUUCUUUCUUCAUUUUAUACAGUUCAAAGGUUUUUCUGUGUUUGGUGACCACAUAUUCCUUAUUCAGUGUACACAUCCACAGCAACAGGGCGAGAAUAUAUUUUUUAUAAAAAUGGACUGCUUUGAAGAUCUGAAUUGAGCCCAAGAUAUACAGCAAAAUGGGAAGAUAUUCAAUAAGUCUAACCCAAAACUUAAGUUUUAGCAUGUUUCUCAUUUAAGUUUUGGGAGCAUCAAACUAAAUCUACAGUUGGCAGAAGUCCAGAUAUAUCUUAAUUGCACAUUAACUAAAAACUGUACAGCAUUUAGUGUUUGUGAUAAAUGCAAGUAUAAUCUUAUUACAGUUUUGGCAUUCAUUAGGAAAGCAUAUUAAGCUUUAAAAUAGAAAUGUUUAGAUUACACAGAACUUGUGCUCAAGUACAAGAUAAAACAUUUUCCCUCUUGUAUCCCACAUUCUCUCCUUAGGUCUGGCCCAUCUCCUGUACGCUGGGAGCCACCUUUGGGUACGUGGCUGGUCUUCUCAUUUCCCCUGUCUGGAUUUACAGGAACAGGAAGCAG